AUGCUCGAAUUCCAGUCAGUGAGUCAGGCCCUUAGAUUCAGUAGACAUGAUUAUGGAUUGUUUACGUGGAAUAUGCCGCCAUCGGUCGCUGCCGAGUCCCUCCACGACAUCGUCUACGACGUCUUCAGCGGAUGCCACGAAUGUCAGCGAUAUACCUCACGAAAAGCAGGAACAGUAGGCAAGGCCGGAAAUGCCACGCGUCGAUCGGUUCGCGGCCAUCAGAAGGAAAUAGUGGAUGGCGAGGAGUCGGUUCACACAAUGAUUUCACCAGCCUUGGUAUAG